UUAUAUGAGAAAAUAUACUUCAAUUAUUAAAGUUUUAUUAUAUAUAGAGAGAUAAUAAGACAAAUACUAAAUUCCCGCUAAAUGUGGAGGAUUAUGACUAAUGAGUUGGCCGGUGGGAGACAUUUUUAGUUGUCGACUUACCUUCCGAACCAGACAGCCUGUGACGGCUGCGUUAUCUUGAAUUUCCUACGACCCAACAUUAAAUCCAUACCUCUUAUUUAUUUCAAUUCACGCAAACGUGCAGGGUUCUUUUGUCUGUGGGAUCAAUUUGCGUACAAACUGUUUGUUGAAAUGUCUAAAAGAGUGAAUUUGGUGCAAUCCUCAUCGCCAAUUAUGGAAAUUCCACAAUUUAAAAGCUUAUCACAAUCGACUGGAAUAGAGGAUUCGUUUUUCAAUUUCCAGUGGCCAGUCAACUCCAUUGAUAAUCAACUCAGUUCAAUGGCAGCAUUUGGAGAGAAGAAGACACAUGAUCAUCACCUUCAUGCUCAUGCACCUUUCUUUGAUGAGACUGUUAUGGAAUCAUCUUCAAGACCCACUAAAGAGCUCAAAAAUCACAGCAAUAACUUACCAUCAUCCCAAUUUGGCAACCAAAACUAUUAUGUUUUCAACCAAGGUUUUCAAGGUAGCAAUAGUGGUGGUGCAAAAAUGUCAUCUACAAGCAACAACACUAGAGUUCCUCCAUAUCAAGAUCAUAUAUUGGCUGAAAGAAAGAGGCGAGAGAAACUCAGACAACACUUCAUAGCCCUCUCUGCUUUACUCCCUAACCUCAAAAGGAUGGAUAAGGCUUCUGUUCUUGGAGAUGCAAUUGAGUAUACAAAGAUCCUACAAGAGAAAGUGAAGAUACUUGAAGAGCAGACACAAAAGAAAGCAAACAUAAAAUCAGUAAAAUUUGAGGUGGUGGUUGAUGGUGGUGAAAUUUCUUCAAGUGAGAAAAUCUCCGGUGUACCGGAAAAACUCCCGGAGAUUGAAGCAAGAUUUUCCGGGAAGAAUGUCCUAAUAAGAGUCCAUUGUGAGAAAAAAACAGGUGUUGUAGAAAACACAUUGGCUGAAAUAGAGAAGCUUCAUCUCUCCGUGAUCAGCAGUAAUGCCAUGAUCUUUGCGAAUUCUGCUCUUCAUAUAACCAUUAUUGCUCAGAUGGAUAGGGAUUUAAUCAUCACAAUGGAGGAAUUGGUAAAGAACCUACGGUUUGGACUCAAGAAAUUCAUGUGAAUAUCUCAAAGUUGAGUUUUAGAAUAUAAAGAACAAAUGGAAAUCUGUGUUCUAGAAUUCAAUUUAUUAGUUAUUAGUGAUUUGUUUUUGUGAUUAUUUUUCUACAAAUUCCAUGUAAAAUGAAUAUAGUCGAGUUCAUUUGUGUUUUAUAAUGCAUACAUUUGAAAUCAAAUUUUGAGAAUCCAUAUUAA